CAAUUUUAGAAUAAAUGAGCACCAACAAAAGCAAAGCUAUGAUCAUAUUACUCUUACUGGGCUUAAUGCUCGUAGGAACUACCGCUGCACCUUGUAAGGCCUUAGUCCUUGAAGCUGGUGGCGAUAAAGGAGCAUAUCAAGCUGGAGCCCUCAAGGGCCUAUAUGAAGCCCUAGGCGGAAAAGAAAUCGAUUACGAUGUAGUAUCUGGAGUCUCAGUUGGAGCUAUCAACGCAAUGGGGGUUUCCAUAUUCCCAUCAGGUGAAGAAAAAGAACUUACAGAUUGGAUGAUUGAAUUCUGGGAAGGCAUGACUAGAGACAAAGUCUUUGUGAACUGGCCAUAUUCCGUUGCUGAAGGUCUCUUCUGGCAUAAAGGACUCUUCAACAACUCUGUCUUCAUAGACUAUGUAAAAGAAGUGGCUCCAAGGAAGGAAAUCUUUAAAAAGGUGACGUUAGGAGCUACCGAUUUAAAAACUGGCAAAUUUGUGAGAUUCACAGAAGCCCUAGGAUUUGAAGACCUUGGAUACAAAGGAAGCAGAGCUUCCUCAGCAAUCCCAGGUAUAUUCCCAGCUGUUGACUUCAUGAACAUGACUCUUGUCGAUGGUGGAGUAGAAAACUAUCUCGAUGUCGGUGGAGCCAUCGACAGAUGCAAAGAAAUCGCUAACAAAGAUGAGGAGAUCACUAUCGACAUUAUCAUGUGUAAUGGAAAUACUUUGGAAGAAGUCGAUACUACAGACUUCAACACCAUUGAUGUUGUAAUGAGGUAUCGUGCUGUCAAAAAAUAUCGCGAUGAGAUGAAAUGGGUCAAUGACGCACUUAUGAACUUCCCUCGUGUCAACUUCAGAUAUUUGGUCAUACCAGAGAGGCCACUUUCUGGAUCAAUUUUCUUCACAAAGAAACACACUAGAAAUUUGAUCAACCUCGGAAUGGAAGAUGCUCAGAAAGCUGUGGAGAAAGGACCUUACAGCGAAUUCCACCAAGUCAAAGGAAUUAUGCAAGGAGUGUAUGCUUAA